CCAUCCCGUACUGACCCCGCGCAACCCGCUGCGCCCAUCCUCCAAGCUGGCGUCGUAGCGAUGUCCAAGUUUACGCCCACUCCCGCCGAGGUUGCGCUUGUCAACCAGAUAUUCACCCAGGCCGAUACCCAGAAGCUCGGUGUCAUCACCGGUGACGCCGCCGUCAAGAUAUUCAAUGGCUCCAAGCUCACGCCCUCCGUGCUCGCGGAGAUCUGGAACCUAGCGGACGAGGACAACAACGGCGUCCUGACUCGCAAGGGCGUUGCGGUCGCGGUGCGCCUACUCGGCCAUGCACAGCGAGGGGAGAAGAUGACGGAAGCGCUGGUGCUCAAGCCUGGCCCUGCUCCGACGAUUGAGGGACUGUCCCCACCGCUUGUUCAACAAUCGACGGGUGUUCCGGCGGCGCGCUCUCCGCCUCCCGGGCUUCCACCACUGACACCUCAGGACAAGACGAAAUUCAUGAAACUGUUCCUCUCUUGUGGACCGGUCAACGGUAUCUUGAACGGCGACAAGGCACGGGACGUGUUCGUCAAGUCCAAAUUACCCGUAGACAAGCUCUCGCAAAUAUGGAACUUGGCAGACACGAAGAACCGGGGCUCACUCGACGUCACCGACUUCACGAUAGCAAUGUACUUGAUUCAAGCGACCAUGCAUGGGCAGCUGCAAACUAUCCCGCCGGUGUUGCCUCCCGGACUGUAUGAACAAGCAGCAGGGAAGUCACCAUUCGAUGGUGUAGCUACACAUGCGACAGGCAGCAGUGGUCAUUACAGCCCUGGGCUCAGCGCCGCAUUCCCGGGACGACCAAUGAGCAUGAUGGAACCAAACUUCACCGGGCAGGCCUCAACAUUGCAGCCACAGAUGACGGGGCCCAUGCGGUCGGCGGUCGGUGCCCAACCACAGCGUUCGGCGCUUAGCUCGACCCCAGCAUUCCCAUUUGUGCAGCCUCAGGCUACUGGCGCACAAUGGGAUGUGACGCCAGCAGAGAAGGCGAACGCGGAUCGCAUCUUCGACACGCUGGAUACACAGAAGAGAGGAUACAUAGAGGGUGACGUUGCUGUGCCGUUCAUGCUGCUGUCCAAGUUGCAGGAGGACGUUCUUGCCCAGGUUUGGGACCUCGCCGAUUUGAGCAACGACGGCCAUUUGACGAGGGACGGGUUCGCCGUGGCCAUGCACCUCAUUCAGGGAAAGUUGAACGGACGAGACAUCCCAGCGGCCAUUCCGCCUGGCCUAAUACCCCCAUCCAUGCGCGGUGCUUUGGGCGCACCUCCGGCUCCGGCCGUGCAGCCUCAGCAGACUGUUCCAGACGCAAUGCGCGAUUUGCUCUGGGACGACUCACCACCUGCAUCAGCGACGGUGCAGCAACCACAACCUUUCACGCUGCAACCACAGAGCACUGGGGCGUUCACUACGCCAGUGCUACACCCUCAAUCUACAGGUGCGCGUCAGAACCCGAUGACGCCACCGCCCCAGCGGGCCGCUACCGUACCUUCGGUCACGGAUCCAUUUGCUUCUGCCAACUCACCAUUUGCCGUGCCCGCGCCUGCGCAAUCUGCGCACAGGGAUCUGCUUGGAGAUGAUGACGAGCCAGCGCAGGCUGCAUCGCCGCCGCUGCAGGACCGCUCUGCUGAGAUCGGCAACGUCAAGAACCAGCUGAGCUCGACCAACCGGUCCCUCGAGACGGCAAAGACGGAGCGCGAGAGUAUGGAGCGCACACUCAGCGAGCAGGCGGCGCAGCUGUCGGCAUUGCAGACUCAGCUUUCGUCUGCGAAAGCGGCGUACGAGACGGAGACACGCUUGCUGGGGGCGCUGAGGGAGCGAUACAGCAAACAGACGACGGACAUCCAGAAGACGAGGGAAGAGCUGAUCCGCGCGGAGAGCGAUCUGAGUGCGGUCAGAGUGGAGAAGGCUGAGGUCGAAGGUGCGGUGCUCAGGGACAAGGAAGAGGUGCGAGACCUGCAGAGGCGGAUGACCGAAGUCGGUAUGGAGGUCGAGACGUUGAAGGUCGAUGUUGAGAAGGCGAAGAAGGAGGCGAAGCAGCAGAAGGGCCUGUUGGCGAUCGCUAAGAAGCAGCUUGCGACGAGGGAAACUGAACGUGCGCGUGUCCAGAAGGAACUUGGCGAGACACAGAGCGAGGCAGCGGAGGCUACCCGGGAACGUGAGCAAGCGGAGGCCGAGCUGGAGAAGGAGGUACCUGCCGCAAUGACGAACGGCCACGGAGGUGUCGCGUCGCCAGACAUCUUGGCCAUGGCCGCCGCUCAGCCACUGCCUGCUACCCCGGAGGUCCCAACAAGCCCUACAGGCUCCGUGCUCAGCCUUGGGAAGAGCAACAAUCCCUUCGAACGAGUCGCGAUGGCCUCUGGCACAGGGUCGCGUGCGCAGUCGCCUUCGCCCUUCCUUCCGUUCACAAACACUGGCAAUCUCCCCACUCCCCCCACGACCGUCACCGAGAGUCCCGUGCAGCAGUCUACGCCUGUUUCAGCAGCAGCGAACCCCUUCCGCUUCUCGCAGGCAUUCUCACCUGUUGAGGGCGGCAGCCUGCUUGCGGCUGCUGAUGCUCCUGGCGCUUCUGACGGCCUCUCGGACUUGAUGUCGCCCACUGACACUGACAUGUUCCAUACACCGCUCUCAUCAGCUACCGGUGUUGCACCUGCCCCUACACCCUCGAUCGAAGCUACCCUGACCGAGGCGUUGAGCGAGCCAGCAGCUGCUCCUACCGAACCAACCGCUACCACUUCAAUCUUCGACGAACCUGGUGCAAUACAAGCUACUACUGCCGAGGCUACUCAGGAGCCCGCAGACAUUCGGGAGGAGACUGACCUCAGUCACCAGCUCAAGGAGCUGGAUGUCGAGGAAUCCGAUUCGGACUCGGAGUCUGAGGAGGAGCCUCUUGCGAACGUGAAAGCGCGACUCAGCGGCGAGGCACCUCACACGGACGGCAUCACAGAGUCGUCUACGUCCCAGACAAUCUCGGCAUUCGAUGACUCGUUUGGUAUCUCUGCACCUACUCAGGAUGCCCGACCAGGUUCCUCGAUGAGGUCCGCUACGGGUACCCCUGUACGCAGCCUGACACCCGCAGUUGCGAGCGCAGCUCCUACGAACGCCUUCGAUGAGACAUUUGCUAUCCCUGCUGUUGCGCAACCCUCAGAGCCGUUCGCGGCUCCAGUGCCGAUCCCGACGACUGCUGCACCCCAGACGAACGGCGACGAUCCUGGCACUCCGGGCGUCAACGACUUUGACGAAGCUAUGGGUAAGCUUGGGGCUAGCACGAGCAGCAACGGCGGGCCAUCCCAGUUCUCCGAGUUCAGCUUUGAUUCGGCCUUUGACGACAACUUUGACUUCGCUGCUGCUUCAGCCGCGACGAGUCAGCCCGCUGCCCCGAAUGGAAAUGGACAUGCAGCCCCGGCAGCCGCUCCCGCUGACAAUGCCUUCGAUAACGUGUUCAUGUCGCAGCCCAGCAGUGCAUUCCCACCUGUUGGUGCACCACCUGCACAGGCGCCCGCUAUAACCGGGUCUCCUUUCAGACAGCCUGCAACUCAGGAAACAAGGCCGUUCUCUUUCGAUGAUGCUUUCAGUGCAGGUCCGAGUGCUUUGCCCGCCCAAUCCGGAUCGAACGGGAGUGUUGUCAAUGCGAUAUCCUUUGACGAUGCCUUCGGCGGACAGUCUAGCGCUCUGGCUUUGGAUACUUCAUUCGGGACGACAACAUCGGAAGCGUCAGCGGCUCCUUCGCAAGUGAAGGGCCCGACACCAUUCCCCACCGCGUCUCCGCCGCAAUCACCUACUGGCCCGACCUCGCCUGGUUUUGGCCGACGGAGGUCUACCUCGCCUCCUCGUCACCUGUCCCCUCCGCCCCGCCACUCCUCGCCAAAACCGAACGCGCGCCCCUCGACUGCAGGAUCUGAAAAAGAGAAGGCGCCGAACACUAGACAUUCCAAACUGAGCAUUCGCCUGCCUUUCGGGAGGAAGAAGAAGACGGCACCGCAUGAGAUACCCCCUCUGCCUUCGUCGUCGUUGGCUACACAACAAGUCCUCGAAGAGCCUACUCCGGCUGUGGAGGAUGAUAUCGACGCCGUGAAGCAGCUGUGCGGCAUGGGCUUCAGCAGAACCCAGGCUGUUAUGGCACUCGAGAACCACGGAUAUGACGUCCAACGAGCACUCAAUAGCCUACUUGGUUCCUGAUAAUCUUCAUCUUUGUGCCAACUAUCGAGAGUCUGUUUCACUGUUUAUGCUUACUCCCUUGUACCGUUUGGUACCGCACGCUCCUUGGACAGUACUACUAUGAACGCUCCCUUAUUUCCAAUGUUCCUGCUUCUCUUAAUUUGGCACGUAGCGCGUGCGGUGAAGUUGUUUCAUUGUCUGCUGGCUUCCGUUCACGUGGAAAGCAAUGCAUGCAUCCACCGGUACGGAGCGCCAGACAUGUGGUUCCGCAGAAUAAAAGAACACAUCUAUCUCCCCCGACGGACCGCAUUUCUGGCUUGGAUGGCGUCUAAACGUUAAACCUUUGUACAAUCGAGAUAACUUAUUCUAAGACGCUCUCGAAGAAGUCAAAGUGGUUUGUAC